AUGCUCUGGAAGGUGUCCUCGUCGGCUAGAUCCUCCUCCAAGCUCAAGUACUCUGACAUCUCUUCUAGCCCUUUCAGAUUUGAUGUGUGUGGGGAGACAAAUUUCUUCCCGACCUCUCUCUCUGUGGGGGAGAUUGACGGGAACGGGACCUCUCUCUCUGUGGGGGGGAUUGACGGGAACGGGACCUCUCUCUCUGUGGGGGGGAUUGACGGGAACGGGACCUCUCUCUCUGUGGGGGGGAUUGAUGUGACCGGGACCUCUCUCUCUGUGGGGGGGAUUGACGGGAACGGGACCUCUCUCUCUGUGGGGGGGAUUGACGGGAAGGGACCUCUCUCUCUGUGGGGGGGAUUGAGGGGACGGGACCUCUCUCUCUGUGGGGGGGAUUGA